CGAUAUUCAAUGUAGCUCAGACUGGUUGAGAUAUUUUUCAAAAUUUUUACAAUUUGUUUAAUUGAAUGAUUCAUGGGAGAAAAUAUGUCCAGAGGACAGUUAUGCCAAAUUCGUCAUAAUAUGAAGACGUCAUAUUAUUAUUUGUCUCGAAUAUCUUGAAAAUUUAUUUGUUGAAUAGAGUAUGGCACAUUCAAUUAGGUAGAGCAUGAACAAAAUCAAAUCAAUAAGUGAGGUCCAGCAGUUAGGGAAAAAAGAAUCAAGAAAUAUAUUGCAGGAAUAUGUUGGAACCAAACUAAGAAAACGACGAUGUUCACGAAGUUCAUAUGGAGCAGGAAUAAAUUUUUUAAUUAACGUUUCCUCGUCCGGAACAAACCUAAAUAAAAAGAUUCAAGAUGAAAUCAGUAAACUUGAGUACGUAGAAAAAAAAAUUCGCAACCAUAAAACGAAUGCCAAAAUUAUUUGCUCGUCUGCCAAAGUUCCGAAUAAAGUUCCAUACGAGCGGAAAUUGAAACAUAUGUUGGCAAAUAUGCUCGACAACAUAGACUCGGUUGGGAUUAAAUCGAAAAAAAUACCGAAAUCCAUCCAGAAAAUAGGAGAAGUAGAAACUGAUAUCUCGACAGUCAGAAAACGCGAAAAAGUAGAAAAGUCAUUACAGCAAUGCAUCAAGGUAGAUAGUUUCACAAAUGUUGAAGACAAGCAAAAAAAUAAAACCGAAAAAAAACGCGAUAAAAUAAAAAAACCUAUAUCAUUCAGAAAAUCCUCAUUAAAGAAGCCAGCUUUCGAACCAUCCCUCAAAUGCAACGCAUUUGGUACAGGUUUUGAAUUCGCAGAAAGUUUGAAUUUUGUACCAAAAGUCGAUUUUCAUCUCUCAUCAUCUGAGAUGGAAAAGAUUGUUGUUCCUCCCAAGAAAGAUGUUGCAAAUGUUUUGAAACUGGUUGCUGAAAAAUCAUCAGGAAGUUAUGUAAAUUGCAUUUAUGAUUCCACAUCUUAUAACGAAGUCAAUUUUGAUUAUGGUCUAUCAAAAAACAAAAUGAAUAAGCGAUGUAGUGGAACGGUGUUCGUACAAGAAAGUGAAUGUGCAUUGAAAGAUGGAUCGGUUGUCGAAGAUAAAAUGAAAACACGCGGGAAUAAACCAGAGAGAAAGAGAUUUUACAGUUAUUUGAGAAGAGGAAACUUUACAAUCUCGCACCAUACAGAUGAAAGUAGGGAGCAUCACCUAGAAAAGAAUUCUAAUAUAAACUUACAAUAUAUCACAGAGGAAGAACAAGACGACGAGAAUGCGAAGGAAACAGUGAUAUUGAAUCAUCAUCUAGAAAAUGGAACUGGUGUGGUUGGAGAUGAUCAAACAUCUGUUUAUCCAAUAGAUUUGAUAGAAAGAAGUAUUUUGGCGGUGGAAAAUAUUUUACGCACAAUAAAUUCUAUAACAAAAGAUUUUUCUGAAAGGAAGGCAAAUAAAAAUAUAAUUUCAAAAACCCCAGAGCAUCUGCUGAAAAUUACUGAAUCAUCUUCCGAGCGAGACAGACAACAAGAAGUUGAAAGAAAAAAACACAUUGAAUCUAGUUUUGAAGAACUGAAAGAAAUAAUGUUUUCCCAUUAUGGAAAAGGCCAAUUUGAAAAGGAAGUUGCAAAUGAUAAUAAUUUGGAAGAGAAUAUGGAUCCUUUAAAAAAAGCAAUAAAUUCCCUUAAAAAUGAAAAUAUUUCAAAAAGACCCACAAUACCCCAAGCUUCUAAACUGAAUGUUGAGCAGUCAUGCAGUUUUUCUUCCAGUUUCAGUUGUGUUAAUUUCACAGCCAGCCAAAAAUUGUACAACAGCUCCGUCUUGAAUCAAAUUUUGUUGGAUAAUAAUUUUUCCUCCAACACUAAAGUAACAGGAAACAAAUUUUCCUGUUACAGUUCAGACUUAUCAAAAUGUUCCAAUCUCUUUCCAGAAUAUAACUUCCAGAAAUGUUUGUCGCUACUGAGAAAAAAGUUCAGGGAUUUUGAUAAGGUCAGACAGAAAGGUUUGAUUGAUAAAAGCGCUUUGGAAUCUUCAUUUCAACCGGAAACAAAUUGUGCAAAGAAAUUUGAAAAAAAUGAAACAGUGGAUGAAAUUACUUCAAUGGUGUAUGGACAAACAAACAAAAAAGAACAUUAUCAAGUUUGUUUCAAGAACGAGAAUUUCAAAAAUCAGUCAGAAACAUCAAUAGAAUCUUGUUAUAGAAUGAACAUUGAAAAAUUCAAUUUGAAUAUCAAUCCUAUCCAAGGUAUGGUGAAAUCGAGUCCAGUGAUAAGUAAAUGAGUAAGACGAGUAGACAUAUAAUGUGUUGUCAAUUCAGUACGUUCAAAAUGCAUUUUCAUCAUUUCAGAAACAUGUGAAGAAUAAAAUCAUGAAUUAUAAAUAAUAUAUAUUUUUGGAAAUAUUCAA